AUGGCAUCCCAUAAUAUUUUAGCAGAUGAUCAUAUUCUCCAACUACUAGGAGAUGGUACAAAUUCAGAAUUAUCUGAUUUAUCUGAUGAAGAUGAUGAAUAUUUUCAAUCAACAGAGUUUGAUUGUUUAUUGAACAAUUUUGAUGAUGAGGAUAUUAAUUUACUAUUAGUUGAAGAUGUUGAUGAUAAGGAAACUGAAAUUGUUCCAGUGAAUACUGAACCCAAAUGUCAACCACAAAAUCAAGCACUGAGAAAUAUAACUGUUGAUAGAACUACUGAAAUUGAGGGACCAAAUAAUACAGUUACUAAUGAAACAAUUGAAACAAACACUUCUAGUCUAGAAUAUAUAGAAAAGCACAAUAUUCGAUGGAAAAGGCAGCCUUUUGUUCCUCCAAAUAUUGUUUUGAAUAAACCUAAUGAGCACACCUAUCCUAAUAGUAUACCUACACCACUUGAAUAUUUUUUUAAAUAUUUCCCAGAAAGUGAGUAUGAAAAUAUGGCCAACUAUACUAAUACCUAUGCUGAGCAAAUAGGGAGAUUGAAUUGGAAACCUACUAACUCAAAAGAAAUUAAAAUAUUUGUUGGUAUUCAUUUAUACAUGGGAGUAUUAAAUUUUCCUCGGAUACGUAUGUAUUGGGAACAAAAAAGUAGAAUCAAUACUAUUGCUGACAAUAUGACACGUAAUAGAUUUUUUGAAUUACGAUUUUGUUUUCAUGUUAUUGACAAUAACACCAUUCCUACAAAUAACAUAGACAGAUUUAUAAAAGUUAGACCACUUUAUGAUCUAUUGAAAAAGAGAUGCAAUGAACUACCUGUUGAACAAAAUAUUUGUGUUGAUGAACAAAUGGUUCCAUUUAAAGGCAAACUCAGUGUGAAGCAAUACAUGCGAGGAAAACCCAAUCCAUGGGGAAUUAAAUUGUAUUUGUUAUGCGUUGAAAAUGGUCAAGUUUAUAACUUUAUAAUAUAUCAGGGAUCUACUACAGAAGUAAAACCAGAUAUACAAAAAAAAUAUGGUUUAGGUGGAACUAUCAGAGUUAAUAGAUUUGUUAGUCCACCAUUUUUAAAUGAUAAAGUAUUAUCUAAAAUGGGUCGUGGGACUACAUUUGAAGUAAGUUCUGAUAUACCCAACAGCAACAUUGGACUAGUUAAAUGGUAUGAUAACAAGCCAGUUUCAUUAGGGUCAAAUUUUAUAACAUCUGGCACUCCAGAUGAAGUGUCUAGAUAUUGCAAAAAAGAAAAAAGAUACAUUUCCAUAAACAGGCCUGAAAUAGUGAAACUUUAUAACCAAUCAAUGGGAGGUGUCGACAAAUAUGACCAACUAAUAAGUUUCUUUAGAACGUUUAUGAAAUCUCGAAAAUGGACCUUACGAAUGGUUACACAUGCCUUUGAUAUGGCAUGUGUAAACAGUUGGCUUGAAUAUAAAAUGGAUUGUAAGCAUUUGAAUAUUGUUAACAAAAAUAUUAUGGAUUUACUGCAUUUCAAAGAGCGAUUAGCUGAAACUCUUAUUUUGGUUGGAAAUAUUGUUAUAAGGAAAAGAGGAAGACCAAGAAAUAGUCCAGUUUCAUUAUCACCAUCGCCAUCAUCAUCACAGACUCCAGAAAGGCAAAAAAGAAUUAUUAAAAGAAUUGACCAGCGACCAUUUAAUGAAGUGAGGCAUGAUAAUGUAGGUCAUCUUCCUGAUUUUGACAACUUAGAUAAUGCAGUCCGUUGCAAGUAUGAAGGAUGCAAGCUUCGCAGCCAUGUGUUUUGUAAAAAAUGUAAAGUCCACUUGUGCUUCACAAAAAGAAACAAAUGUUUUACCAUAUACCACAAUGAAAAUGAAGUUCCUACAGAUUUGUAUUUUUAA